GCUUAUGCUAGCGUAAGCAAAAAUCUUCAAAAUAUUACGUUUCAUUCGUUGAGGGAACAGUGAUAAUGAAAAUUGUGAAUACCGCAUACCAAAAAGAACUCGAGUUCUUGUCUGUGAUUGCACCUUGCCCAUUUCUGCCCAUUUUGAUUUCGUUGUUGAGCGUUGUUUGUGGGAGGAAAACUACUGCCUACUGGAGUAGAAAACUCAGAAGAGACAUCUUCUAGAAAAAUGUCUGGCUUCACCUGGAAGAAGCGGUCUGGUCAGUGCCUGUCGGGUAAACCUAGGCUGGCUGCAUUCUCGGCAUCUGAUGAUGAGGCCUCUGGCUCAGACUCCGAGAGUGGUGUGGCCACUAUGGCACCCUCUACAGAUGCUCCUAGUGACACGCCUAUGCAGCAGCCAGCGGCUGCCUGCUCUCGCCCUGCUGCCCAUCCUGCUCUGAGUGAGGCUGAACAGUGUGCAGCACUCCGUGAGCAGGGCACUGCUCUGGCUGAGCUGGGCCGCUUCUGGGAGGCGCUCACAUUCUGGGACCAGGCGGUCGCGCUGCGACCAAACGACGCCGAGCUGCACGAGAUGCGUGCUCAGGCCCUGCUCCAACUGCACGAGCUGCACCCGGCGGCCGAGGCGGCUGCGCGCGCUGCCGCGCUCCGUCCGCGGUGGUCGGCCGCCCAGCAGACCCUGGGACGCACCCUGCUCGGUCUCGGAGAGCUCUCGUUGGCGCGACGCGCCUUCUCUCUGGCGGUACACCUGCAGCCAGAUGAUGCCGAGCUGCGCACUGACGACCUCCUCUGGACGAGCUGUCUGCUGGAGCGCGCGCGCCGCCGCGGCUGUCUGGGCGCCACCGGCGGUGUGGUGUCAGAUGAGCAGACAGACACUCUCCUGAAUCUCCUCAGGUGGCCGGCCAGCGCCACCGCCGGCGCCGCGCGCUGCCACGUCGACUGGCAGCCCCUGGCCGAGGACUGGCUGGCAGAGGAGCGGGAAAAGGAGAGAGCGGAGGAGCUCAGAGAGGAGGAGCAGGCGGAGGAGCGCGCGCGCCGGGACGCGGAGGAAGAGGAAAGGCAGCGGAGAGCGGCGGCGCGGAGGGCGCGGAACGGCCCGUGUGGGGACAUGAAUGUGGAUCCAGAGUGACAAAGCCGAAAUGAACUGAACAUCUCAUCAGUGUGUUGUUAUUGUGAACAGUUUUCAUGCGCCGAUAGGAAGCGGAGGCACCAGGGGCCCCUCGGUCGUCCCCUCACGGGCUGUCAUCUGGCGGUUUCUUUGGUCGGAGAUCGGUUCGUAACCCACCGUGACUCCAAUCACAUCAUCAUGUGAUCGUUUACGUCUAUGGUGAUCCGUGCGCCCGAUUCGCGUGGCUAUCUUGGAGAACGUAUCGUCCAGCAGGACGCCAGGACGUCGUCGCCUUUCAGCGCAUUCAUGAGUGAUUGUUCGACAAAUGUAAGUGAUCAUCACCGAACGUAAAUACAUUUGUAGCCUGUCUA